AUGACCUACUCGUUUCCUGUAUUAUUUGCCGAUAGCUCGAAAAAGAUUAGCUCAAUCGUGCAAGAAUUGGACAAGGCCAAAAUACCGAAAUUUCAAACUGAACCGCCUGUAUAUCAGAUAGCAACCAGAUCUUCAGUUGCGGCAUGCUUUGGAGUAUUGCAACGUAAUUCUACUUGGCCAGUCGCCUAUGUCGGUUUUGAUACAGAGACGACUGUGAAAAGAUUAGUACAUCCUCGUGUGGUAUCGAUGAUACAAAUUGCGACAGCCGAGUUUUGUCUCUUGUUCCAAGUAUACCGAAUAACUCGAGGAGAUGCAACCAUAUUCCCCACUGGCCUACAAAAGUUACUCAACGAUCCCAACAUUUUAAAAGUCGGUGUGAAUGCUCGAGGAGAUGCCAAAUGGCUCAAAGAAUCAUAUGGUAUCGAAAUGAACGGAAUCGUGGAUCUCGAUCGCAUGGCAAAGGAAAAGGGAAUCCAUGCCAAAUCACUUGCCGAGCUGGCACUCAUGUUUACCGACAACGGUCUGGAAUUGAACAAGACGGACAAGAUCAUAGAUUGGGAUUUUGAUGCCGUCUGUCUGGACGACGAAAUAGUACAAUAUGUUGCGUGUGAUGCUUUUGUCGCUCUACGGAUUUACGAGAAUAUGCUUGUAGACAAACGAAAUCCAAAUUACAAGUCUUGGGAAGAACGGUAUCCUAUGACUCUGGAAGAAGAAGAAUCUGAACUGUAUACGAUAUUCAAGCGACAUAAUAUGAAAGGAACGGUAACUAAGAUAGGCAAGUUGGUUAAUUCUGGACAGUCGUCGUAUAGCCGUUGGCAAAAGACAAAACCCGAGACAUUAGAACGUCGACAAGCGAUAGGUACUGCCAUAAAGCAUUUUCUAUCCGAUGGCCGGUUAAUUCUUGCCAAGAAUGACGAACCUGGUGAUUCAGCCGGUCCUGGUAGUGAUUCAGCCGGUCCUGGUGGCGAUCCAGUCGAUCUUGGUGACUCGGCAGAUUUUAUCGAUACACUCGACGAAAAGGACUUUCUUCAAUUGCGCGUUAAAUUCCCGGGCGUUGCAUUGAGCACUAUACUAGAAUUGCCGGAAGCUGAAGGGUUUCUUACGGAAAAAGGUUUUGACGAAAAAGCCGUUUACUUUAUCAAAUGGCUUUCACCGCAUUUGCACAAAACGUUGAGGAAGAAGAUGAUGAUCAAUUUGUGUAAAACGACAAGGUUGAUGGAAUUUGACCUUGAUGAGGAACAGUGUAAACUUUACGUUACGGACAUGAUUCAGAAAAUGGUAGAGUUUGACGCUUUCAAAUCUUUUAGUGACAAUCACACUUUUGAGUUUAAUCCGGUUUGGGUGGAAGAAUUGGAACGGAUAUACGAGAAAUGUGUAAAAUAA